AUACUACGCGUGAAAUGCGACCCCAUGAAGAAGAUGGAAAAGAAUAUUUUUUUCUUACAAGAGAGGAAAUGGAAAAUCAAAUAGUAGCUCAAAAGUUUGUUGAAUAUGGCGAGUACAAGGGUAAUUUAUAUGGUACAAGUCUUGAUUCUAUAAAAUCUGUGAUACAACGAGGCAAAGUAUGUCUGCUUGCACCUCACACUCAGGCACUAAAAUUUAUCAGAACCUCAGAGCUUAGACCUUUUAUAAUCUUCAUUAAAGCUCCAUGCUUGGAAAGAAUGAAGUAUACUCGAUUGGAGAAACAUGCACGAGCAACAACAUCGGAAAAAACAUUACCUUUUUCGUUUGAUGAGCUAAAAGAUAUAGUUGAAAUGUCUCAAAAAAUUGAAGAACGCUACUGCCACUUUUUUGAUUAUACCAUUGUAAACGAUGAUCUGCAUGCAGCAACAACUGAACUAUUAACUAUUGCUUCUCAAAUUGAAAAUGAUGAGAUGUGGGUACCAGUAGGAUGGGCAUAUUGAUUUUAUUUGUUUUUAUAUAAAAUUAGAAUAAUAAAGUUAAAGUGUGAAUA